AGUACCUCCCACUUCUGGUCCUGUCAGCUCUUUUCUAGGACGCGCGCGCUGCAGGUUUCCAGCCUGUGAUUGGGCCAGCAAUUCCGGGAAUGAAUUGAUGACGUCAGCGUUUGAAUUCCAUGGCUGCCAGACGGCGGGCAAGAGGCAGCGGCGCUUCUGCAGUAUUAAAUAAAACCAGGAGAGAUAAUAAUGGCACUACAGAAGACUCACCCCCUGCCAAGAAAACAUGCAAAUAUCAGAGACAGGAAGUGAAAAAGGAGCCUGUAGCUAGAGGAAAGGCUGAUAAGGGCAGGACCGAAGAUACAAAAGAAUCUGUGAAGUCAGUGCUGCUAAAGGGCAAAGCUCCUGUGGACCCAGAAUGUACAGCCAAGGUGGGAAAGGCUCAUGUGUAUUUUGAAGGAAAUGAUGUCUAUGAUGUCAUGCUGAAUCAAACCAAUCUCCAAUUCAACAACAACAAGUACUAUCUUAUUCAGCUGUUAGAAGAUGAUGCCCAGAGAAACUUCAGUGUUUGGAUGAGGUGGGGCCGAGUUGGGAAAACAGGGCAGCACAGCUUGGUGGCUUGUUCAUCUGACCUCGACAAGGCCAAGGAAAUCUUUCAGAAGAAAUUCCUUGACAAGACGAAAAAUAAUUGGGAAGAUCGUGAGAAGUUUGUAAAGGUCCCUGGAAAAUAUGAUAUGCUGCACAUGGACUACACUGCCACCUCUCAGGAUGAUAAUGAAACAAAAGAAGAGGGCUCCCUUAAGGCCCCCCUGAAACCAGAGUCACAGCUACAUCCUGAGGUGCAGGAGCUGAUGAAGUUGAUCUGUAAUGUACAGACCAUGGAAGAGAUGAUAGCUGAAAUGAAGUAUGACAUCAAGAAAGCCCCACUUGGAAAGCUGACAGUGGCGCAAAUCAAGGCAGGUUACCAGUCUCUUAAGAAGGUAGAAGACUGUAUUCGGGCUGGCCGGCGUGGACAAGCUCUGCUAGAAGCAUGCAACGAGUUCUACACCAGGAUCCCACAUGACUUCGGACUCCGUACUCCUCCAUUAAUCCAAACCGAGAAAGAAUUGUCAGACAAAGUACAGCUGCUAGAGGCUUUGGGAGACAUUGAAAUUGCCAUUAAGCUGGUGAAGACAGAACUCCAAAGCCCAGAACACCCAUUGGAUCAACACUAUAGAAACCUACACUGUGCUCUGCACCCUCUAGAUCAUGAAAGUUACGAGUUCAAAGUGAUUUCUCAGUACCUACAGUCUACCCAUGCUCCCACACACAGUGACUACACCAUGACCUUGCUGGAGGUUUUUGAAGUAGAAAAGGAGGGGGAGAAAGAAGCCUUCAGAGAGGAUCUUCAUAACAGGAUGCUGCUAUGGCAUGGUUCUAGGCUGAGUAACUGGGUAGGAAUCCUGAGCCAUGGGCUUCGAAUUGCCCCACCAGAGGCUCCCAUCACAGGUUACAUGUUUGGAAAAGGAAUCUACUUUGCUGAUAUGUCUUCGAAGAGUGCCAAUUACUGCUUUGCCUCCAGACUAAAGAACACAGGGCUGCUGCUUUUAUCAGAGGUGGCUCUGGGUCAGUGUAAUGAGCUACUCGAGGCCAAUCCUAAAGCAGAAGGACUGCUUCAGGGCAAACACAGCACAAAGGGCCUGGGUAAGAUGGCUCCCAGUCCUGCCCACUUCCUCACCCUGAAUGGGAGCACAGUGCCCUUAGGGCCAGCGAGUGACACAGGAAUUCUAAAUCCAGGGGGUUAUACUCUCAACUACAAUGAGUUUAUUGUCUAUAACCCCAACCAGGUCCGUAUGCGGUACCUUCUAAAAGUUCAAUUUAAUUUUCUGCAGCUAUGGUGAUUGUUGAUACUAAACUAAAGAAGAUCCAAGCAAGAAAAUAAGCAUUGUACUUUUUUUUUGUACUUACAAGUUUUUUUGUUUGUUUGUUUGACACAAGGUCUCACUAUGUAGUCCAGGAUCCCCUUAUACUAAUGUGCAGCUCAGGCUAGCCUCGAACUUAUGACAGUUGUCCCUCUGCCUCCCAAAUGUGGGGAUUAGAGAUGUACAUCACCGUGCUUGGCAUAAACUUCUUAAAAAUUUAUUCCAGUACUGAGCAUUGAGCCCAGGGGCUUCCUGAUGAGCUAUAUCCUCAGCCCUUUUAUUUUUUAUCUCGAGACAGGCUCUCACUAAGUUGCCCAGACUAGGCUUGAAAUUACAGUCCUAUGUCAGCUGGGAGGCUGGGAGUGUGCACCAUCAUGCCAGACUCUUUGGUACUUUAUAUAAUAAAAUUGAAAUGGUACAAACAUAA